AUACCCUUUAAAUAUCACUUGAAAAUUCCAAGCAGUUUUCAAAAGAAAUGGAUGAAAUUAAGAUUGAGCUGUCAGAUGAAGUGCAAAAAGCGAUUGAACAAGUGCUUCAAAGCGAGGACCCAUUGGAUAAAUCGGAUUUCAAUGCAACAGAGUACAUAAAUCGUUUAUUUCCAAAUGAAAUCGCUUUGAACGGAAUUGAUGACAUCAUAUCGCAAAUGGAAAUUGAAGUUCAAGUUAUUGACGAUAACAUAAGAAGUGUAGUUAGAGGAGUUUCUACUUCAGGUACUGAAGGGAAACAGGCUCUUGAUGAAGCAAAAAAGACAAUUACACAAUUGUUUUCUCAGAUCGGAGAUAUUAAAAGUAGAGCAGAAGUAACCGAGGAAAUUGUUAAAAAUAUCACAAGCGACAUUAAACAAUUAGAUUGCGCGAAAAAAAAUUUAACAUCAGCUAUCACUACUUUAAAUCAUCUACAUAUGCUCGUUGAUGGAGUUGAUAAGUUGAAAGUACUAGCUGAGAAGAGACUUUAUGGAGAAAUUUCGAAUCCUCUGCAAGCAAUCACAGAAGUCAACGAACAUUUCACUCAAUACAAUGAAAUACCGCAAAUAAAAGAGCUAUCAAGUAGUGUAGCAGAAAUCCACAAGACUCUUUCAACACAGAUUACAGAAGAUUUCAAAAAUACCUUCAGUUUAUCUCCAAGUGCUAAUAAAAUGAGUCUUGCGAAGCUUAAAGAUGCUUGUUUAGUGAUAUCCGUUCUUGAUGGAAAGGUUCGACGCGAACUUUUAAAAUGGUUCAUUAAUAUUCAACUUCAAGAAUAUAUUCAAUUAUUCCAUGAGAAUCAAGACAUUUCAUGGCUGGAUAAAAUUGAUAAGCGAUAUGCCUGGAUUAAGCGACAUCUUCUUGACUUCGAAGACAAAUAUGGGUCAGUUUUCCCAGACAAUUGGGAGGUUUCUGAACGGAUUGUUGUUGAGUUUUGCAAUAUUACAAGAUCAGAACUUAGCAAAAUUAUGUCUCGAAGACGAACAGAAAUUGAUGUGAAACUUUUGCUUUACGCUAUCAACAAAACAUCACAAUUUGAAGAGUUACUUGGAAAAAGAUUUAGUGGAUGCACUCUUAACGAAUCUGUGAGUAAUAAACAAGCAAAUGUUCAUGAGAAAAGAGCAACGUUAGUUGAUGGCGAUAAAAAUAAUCAAACUGAAAAUGUUGAGAAUGCAGAAGAUGAAGUUGUUCUGUCUUUCAUGACAACACCUUUUCGAAAUCUCAUUGGAGAAUGUUUCAAACCGUACUUGGACAUUUACACUGACAGUAUUGAUAGAAAUCUCAAUGAUUUAAUCGAAAAAUUUGUGCAAGUUUCAAAGCAACAAUCAGUGGCUGCUUCACUUGAAAGUUGCGCAGAACUUUUUAUUUUCUAUAAGAAGAGUCUCGUGCAAUGCACUCAACUAAGUAACGGUAAGACAAUGUUUGACCUUGUCUUAGUAUACAAAAAAUAUUUGAGGGAAUAUGCAAUAAAAAUUCUUGAGAAUCAAACACCAAAAGUGUCAAUCACAACAACAAAUGCAACCAUCAGCAACAGCAUGUCGUUACUAAAACAAAAAGACUUUCAAAACUUACAAAGUGCAGCAAAUCAAGUCAUUCAUAGUUUUCUUAAAGAAGGUGAAAUUCCACGUUACACUAAAGACGAAAGGAUUCUGAUUUGUAAGAUUCUCACAACAUCAGAAUAUUGUCUUGAAACAAUUCAACAAUUGGAAGAGAAAUUAAAAGAAAAAAUUGAUCCAACUUUUGCUAACAAUGUUGAUUUGUCAGACGAGAAAGACGUUUUUCAUCGAGUUAUGGGACAUUGCAUUCAACUUCUUGUGCAAGAUCUUGAGAAUCUUUGUGAAUCAGCUUUAGUUGUCAUGUCAAAGAUUCAAUGGCAGAAUAUAAGCAAUGUUGGUGAUCAAAGCCCUUAUAUCAACACAAUCAUUUCUCAUUUCAAACAGACCAUUCCAAAUAUUCGUGAUAAUUUAUCUUCAAGUCGAAAGUAUUACACACAAUUCUGCAACAAGUUUAUCAGUUCAUUCAUUCCAAAAUUCAUAAAUAAUUUAUACAAGUGUCGACCAACAAAUGCUGAAGGUGUUGGGAAUAUUAUGGGAUGUGAACAGUUGUUAUUAGACACUCACAGUUUGAAGACAGUUUUACUUGAAUUGCCAACCAUAGAUUCACAAGUCAACAGAAAAGCUCCAGCUAGCUGUGCCAAGACAGUCAUUAAAGGAAUGACCAAAGCUGAAAUGAUUAUUAAAAUUGUCAUGGCAAAUAUAAAUCCACAUGCACUUUUUAUUGAACAAUAUUUGAAGUUACUUCCCGACAAUACUCUCGCCGAGUUUCACAAAAUAUGCGACAUGAAAGGCGUUAAAAGAGCUGAUCAAGCACAACUAAUCGAUUUAUAUAAGAAAAUGGCACCUGAAAGUCAAAACGAAGCUGAAAUAGAUCCAACAAAUGAAACAACUGAUGACAAAGGACGAAUAAAAAAGCUGGAGAAUCUUAUCAAAAAACGAUUGCCUAACUAGAUAGUAACUUUUAUUUAAUUAAGACAAAUAAUUAUAGAAUCAAAAUAAAUUUUAAUCGUGCAA